AUGACCCGCUGGGAAGUCUACAAGAACGAAGUUGAAUCCGGUCACUUACAGUGGGGAUCAACCCAUACGGAAGCGUUUUUCAAGGAGAAUGCUCGAAUGAUAGAAGGUAGCGAUGGCGAUUUCCACCUGCUCAAGGUUUUGAUCGCUUUGCUCAGCAACCACGACGAAGAAGUCGCCGCCGUUGCUUGCUACGAUAUUGGUGAGUUCGUACGCCACUAUCCCAACGGCCGAGCAAUUGCCAAACGUCUAGGAGCCAAGGAUGUCGUCAUGCCGUUGAUUGAACACGAAAAUGUGGAACUCCAGCGUCACGCCUUGCAAUGCGUGUCCAAAAUUAUGGUGAACAACUGGGAGUACGUAAAAUAA